AUGACUAGUUUAACCCAAAGGGGGUUUGUGUUUGUGAUGACAAUUGAGUUAAUUCUGGGUAUUUGCUGUAAUGGCUUCAUCUGGUUAAUGAAUUGCAUCAACUUGAUCAAGAGCAAGAAAAUGUCCUUGUCUGAAUUUGUCAUUACAAGCCUGGCCAUCUCCAGGAUUUGUUUGCUUUUGAUAAUCAUAGCUGAUAUUUUUGUGUUGUGCUACAGCAAUUUGGAUGAAACAAGCAUAACAUUGCAAAUAAUUAAUACAAUGUGGACUUUUGCUAAUUUUGUAAGUAUCUGGCUGGCCACCUGCCUGAGUAUCCUCUAUUGCCUGAAGAUUGCCAAUCUCUCCCACCAUGUCUUCCUCUGGUUCAAGGGCAGAGUUUCCCAUGUGGUUCGAUGGAUUCUGCUGGCCUCUGUCCUCUUCUCUUUCUUCAUUUCAUUGACACUCAUCAAAGAUUUUAGUGUUUCUUGUAUUUACAAACAAAUGACACCCACAGCAAACUGCACAGAAGACAUGAGGAAAAAGAAAAGUGCUAAUUUUUUAAAGUAUCUCCUUAUUGCCCUCUGGAUGGUCAUCCCUUUUAUUAUGUCCUUAAUUUCCCAUAUUCUAAUCAUCCACUCCCUGAGAAGACACACCCAACAGAUGCAGAACAAUGGCACUGGCUCCAGAGAUCCAAGCACUGAGGCUCACACGAGGGCCACCAAAAUCAUCCUCUCCUUCCUCUUCCUCUUCACUGUGUAUGUGGUUGCCUUUUUUAUCAUCAUGUUUGGCUCUCUUCUGCCAGACACUAAAUUGGCAUGGAUCACUGGGGAGAUGUUUUUGGCUGUCCACCCUUUUGUACACUCAAUAAUCCUCAUUUUUAGCAACAACAAGCUGAAACAGGCAUUCCUGGGGAUGUUUCAGAUAAAGAAGUAGGGCACGAAGGGUAGA